AUGAUGCGCCGCUCUUUUCUCUCACUGGCAACCGCAGCUGCUUCCGCCGCAGGUGCUGGUGCUGCUGCUGCUGCUCCCGCGAACACCAAGAUGAACACCCUUUAUAAGAUUCUUAUUGGUGAGUCACACUUCAAGAACAGGGCCCCCGUAAAGGAGUGCAAUAUCGUGCAUCAGUUCGGUGAGAACUGGGCGACGGAGCUGGAGGCGUACGCCAAGACAGUCCCAGCUGAGCAGAACAAAAUGAUCGAGCGGCAGAUUGCGCGAGUGAAGCUUACACGCUACACUGUCACUGAGCUUGCCCAAUACUGUGGCGACGGCCCCGAGCACCUCGACGCGGUAGCUCGGGAGGCGAACAUUGACCAGGGUGUCGCCUUCAUCAAGGAGAAGGGUGUGGAGGAGUUCGAUAAGUAUGUGGCCCGUGAGGCGGUGAACGCGAAUUGGAAACCAGAGGAUGUGAAGAAGUUUACUGAAGCUGUCAAGCUCAAGGCAAAGUAG